UUUCCCUUAAUAGUCGAGGUUCAAGCUAUCAACGAUAUGUCUCCUUGCUUCAUCCCAGCAAUCCGACUGUUUCGCAGACCACAACAAUCCAUUAUAGGUUCAAGACCGGGUCGAAAGUUGAGAUCUAGACUUGAUGUCACCUAUGAUAGCCACCGGUAUGUUAUCAUUUAUGCUGUGCAGUUUCUCACCCUCCAGCAGGCGGCGGCGGCACUUUGCCGAACCCAUGUCUGAAACUCGGAAUUCAUCACGCGGAUCCACUGACAAGCGGGCCGAAAAAAAACCUCCAAAAAGCCAAAGGUGAGAAGCCACAAAGCUCGGUGUUAGCGCCGUAUAUUUGAUCUGACAUAGAAUGACCCAAACGUUAAGGAACCUUCUUCUGAAACUAAGGAGUCGCAGGGCGACAAUGCGGUGCGACUGCUGGGGCGUCACUAUAGCGGCAGUCAAUAUUACGAGAGGCCUCGUACCCAUCGACCUGACAAAAGGCAUGCUCGGAAUGGUCGCAAACAUCCUGAUCAUUGCGCAGUCAGUGAUCAAGAAUCAGUCCGAUUUCCAGGCGAGAGUCGAUAAGUGCGAGACUAUCAGGGAAAUCCUUGACAGAGCGACCAAACAUGCCACUGACAACGAUCUGCGAGGAUACUUGGGCCACGCCUUAUCCCAGUUGAACAAAUCAGUAAACCGUAUCAAUACUGAAGUAGCCUCGAACAAGGAGCAAGAAUUUUUGCAGAGACGAUGGGAAAAAUACUUGGAUCGCAUCAUCCCACUGUUCAGUGCUGAGAUGCUCGUUGGCCUCGCGAUUGGAAUGAACACCCAAACCUUGGGACUCAAGGGCAAUGGUAAGUAUCACCCACCUGUGCCCCCACCACGUCCCUCCAUGUUUUAUGGACGUGAGGAUCUCGUAGCAGAGUUGACAAACCUUGCUGUCGACGAUGAACGCAUCACGUUGAUUGGUCUUGGAGGCAUGGGGAAGAGCUCCCCUGCCAAAGCUAUCAUUAACGAACCACCUGCCAUGGAGAAAUUUGCUGAUGGGCGCUUCUUCGUGACCUAUGACAGCCUCGAUCCUUCGACCAUCACCUUUGAGACUCAUGACUCGUUUUGCGGGAGCCCUAUGCAUAGAACUUGCUGGUGCUGA